AUGGAAUUGAUGGCUGCUUAUCUUCAUGAUAGAGUUUUACAACGUGAAAGACAUUAUAGGGACCCCUUGGAUCCUUCGGAUGUUAAGGAUAGCCAGUUAUUGCGGUACUACAGAUUUCCAAGACAUGAAAUUUUGUGGCUCUGUGAGGUGUUGGACCCAUACUUGAGAAGAAGAAAAAGGAGGUCACACGCAGUGCCAACCCACACACAAGUGCUUGUGGCCUUACGCUUUUAUGCUAGUGGAACAUUUCAGAAUGUGAUUGGUGACUCAUGUGGACUAACACAAGCAAGUGUAAAUAGGAUAAUUACAGCAGUGACCAGACUGUUGACAGAAAAGGCAAGAACAGAAAUAAAGUUCCCAUCAAGUGCUAGUGAUUUAAUGAAGACUAAGAUUUUUAAAGAUUUGCAAUCUUUCCGAGAGUCAUAG